AUGUCGGUGCGCGUAGUUUAUAGUAAAUCAUUCGGAGUCAAGUACAAAGCUUCUGUUUGUUCUAAGGCAUUUAUUUUAUACGUCGUUAUAACGUUAUUAACUUUUACCUUGCCGCUGCUAUUUUGCUACCGAAGCAGUGGACUAUGGAUCAAGUACGAGAAAUACAGAGAACAGCCUAUGGUACAAUUUAAGUUGCAGUAUUUGUUAUAUGCUGAAACAUCUGAUCCCACGUCUCCGCUGAUUUGCGGAAAUUUUCCUCGGACGUUAAAAACGACGGGCUUUUGUUCCACCAUCAAGGUUAUAGAAGAAGACAUUAACAUUGAUGGGAAAAAAGAAUUUCUGGAUUUAGAGUUAAGAUUGACGACGAAUGAAACGUUGGAUGUACAUUCCAUAACUUUAUUGCUGAUAUUUGAUUUCAAAAUACAAGAUUUGUGUUUACUUGAAAUGGAAUCCAUGGCAGUUAUUACUCACAGUUCUGGAUUGCCAGGCGGUAGACUGGACGUAUUUGGAGAUUUAAACUUGGUACAAAAAACGCCCUUAGUUUGUACACCGAGAAAACCUAUUCGUAUGAAUAGACCUAUAUUGUUAUUUGAAUCUCCCGACUGGUUGGUUAACAUAUACGAAGAAUACUCAAAACGUACUCUUUCUACUAAAUUGGAUAACGUUUUAGAUAAGUGGACAAGAGGUCGACCUUAUCAACAGCCAUUUUUAAUUAAAGCUAAAAUAAACUACGGUUCUGUGGAGAUUUUAUACAAACCAAAGUUUUGGCAAAUAAUGAAGUGGGCAUGGAUACAAUACUUUUCAAUACUUGUGUUAUCAGUAUUUAUAUUUAAAAAAGUUAAGCGGUUUUUAUUUACUAAUCAUAUAGUUACUACGAAAAUCGAACGUUCGAUGUAG